UAAGAAGUCGGGCUCAUGCUCUUCUCAUGUCGAGCUCCUUCUCUCCUGCAGCGCACUGCACUCUCGUCUCCCCUGCGAUUAUUCGCGCCCUGCCGACCUUCAUUCAGUAGGACAUUCGUGACCACUACCGUGCGCUUCUCAGUCGAAAUGGAAACAGUGAACACUUCAGAGCGCCUUGCGCAGCUGAGGGAGUUGAUGAAACAGAAUAAUCUGGAUGUGUACAUUGUCCCCUCCGAAGAUAGCCAUCAAUCCGAAUACAUAGCUCACUGCGAUGCGCGUCGAGAAUUCAUCUCUGGCUUUACCGGCUCAGCUGGAACCGCCGUCAUCUCCACCACCGCCGCUGCGCUUUCGACCGACGGACGUUAUUUCAACCAAGCUGCCAAGCAGCUCGAUAGCAAUUGGAAGCUCCUGAAACGAGGAUUAGAAGGUGUUUUGACAUGGCAAGAAUGGACUGCAGAGCAAGCGGAGGGAGGAAAGAUAGUCGGAGUCGACCCGUCUGUUAUUACUGCUGCAAGUGCAAGGAAACUCUCGGAGACUCUAGAGAAAGGCGGCUCGAAGCUGGUCGGAAUUGAACAAAACUUGGUGGACCAGAUCUGGGGCACUCACCGGCCUCAGCGACCGAGUGAGAAGGUUAAGAUCCAUCCCAUUGAGUAUGCUGGCAAGCCUUUCCAAGAAAAAAUUGCAGACUUGCGGAAAGAGCUCAAGACGAAAAAGCGAGCCGGCUUCAUAGUCUCGGUACUUGAUGAAAUUGCCUGGCUUUUCAACCUAAGAGGAAAUGACAUCCCUUACAAUCCAGUCUUCUUUUCAUAUGCAGUGAUCACCCCCGACACGGUAGACCUGUACAUCGACGAUGAGAAAUUAUCACCCGAAGUCAAAGUCCAUCUCGGAUCAGACGUCGUUAUCAAACCUUACGAGUCGAUAUUUGCAGAUGCGAAGGCGCUCAGUGCGAAAGCUCCCCUGACCGAAAGCGGCGCCCCCAUGAAAUAUCUUACCUCUAAUAAAGCAUCUUGGGCUUUGAGUCUUAGUUUUGGUGGCGAAAAGAAAUUGGAUGAGGCGCGUAGCCCAAUCUCUGAUGCUAAGGCCAUCAAGAAUGAGGUCGAGCUCAAGGGCAUGAGGGACUGCCAUAUUCGUGACGGCGCAGCGUUGACCGAAUACUUUGCAUGGUUGGAAAAUGAAUUGAUCAACAAAAAGUCCACUCUUGACGAAGUGGAUGGUGCAGAUAAGCUUGAACAGAUUCGCUCCAAACACGAUAAGUUUGUGGGACUAUCGUUCGACACAAUCUCCUCAACGGGCCCAAAUGCAGCGGUGAUUCAUUACAAACCUGAAAAGGGCGUUUGCUCGGUUAUUGAUCCAAAUGCCAUCUAUUUGUGUGACUCUGGUGCUCAAUACCUGGAUGGUACAACGGAUACUACUCGAACAUUCCACUUUAGCACCCCUACCGAGAUGGAAAAGAAAGCAUUUACGCUUGUUCUUAAGGGAUUGAUUGCACUCGAUACUGCUGUAUUCCCCAAGGGUACCAGUGGGUUUGCUCUCGAUGCGCUUGCACGUCAGCAUCUGUGGCGACAAGGUCUGGACUAUCUCCACGGCACGGGUCACGGUGUGGGUGCCUACUUGAACGUUCAUGAGGGCCCUAUUGGUGUCGGCACUCGCAUCCAAUAUUCCGAAGUGUCUUUGUCACCGGGCAACGUGAUUUCCGAUGAACCGGGAUACUACGAAGAUGGAAAAUUCGGAAUCCGAAUUGAAAACAUUAUCAUGGCUCGCGAGGUUGAAACGCCAUACAAAUUCGGAGACAAACCCUGGUUGGGCUUCGAGCAUGUCACAAUGACGCCCAUCGGACAGAAUCUAAUUGAGACUUCCUUGCUGUCAAAAGAGGAGAGACAGUGGGUGGAUAACUACCACGCCGAAGUGUGGGAGAAGACCAGCGGAUUCUUCAAGCAGGAUGAGUUGACGCUGAACUGGCUGAAAAAAGAAACCCAGCCUCUCAAAUAGGCGGUUUUAUCUUGUACAGUUAUGGACAAGCAUCAGCAUUUGAUAGAGAGGGCUUGGGAUCAGUCUAUUGUAUCUUGUGCAUUGCUUCAUGCACGGUUAGAUGACUGAAGUACAUAACUAGUCGACGAAUGAAUAAUAGAUCUUGGUACCAUAC